AUGUUUUCCAUCCAACAAAGAGUAGCUCAAUUAGUAACAAUACUUCUCCUCACUUACACAUAUCUAGCUACAAGUAAUGGAUCUUAUGGAACGGUUUCCUUGGAGGGCUAUGGCAACUAUGCCACCAUUUUCGAGGCCUUGGAGGCGGCUCCUAGCAAUAGUUCUUGCCCGGUAUACAUUACCCUACAAGCCAAGGAGUAUCACGAGCAAGUUCUCGUGCAAAACGACAAGACAAACAUAGUCAUGACCGGUCAAGGGAUCGAAAAGACUUUCAUUAUUCAUAAUGGAAGUUCUUUAACAAAUCAAACCACCAUGUCUUCGGCAACAUUUGGAGUAGAAGCGGUUGGUUUUGUCGCCAAAUACAUUACAUUCGUAAAUCUAGCCGGCCCGGGAGCCGGACCGGCGGUUGCAUUUAGGAGUGUGGCGGAUAAAACCAUUUUAUACAAGUGUAAGUUAGACGGGUAUCAAGACACUCUAUUCACCCAAUUAAAUAGGCAUUUUUUUCGCGAAUGCGAUAUCUAUGGAACCAUAGAUUUCGUGUUUGGCUACUCACUUGCCGUGUUGCAAAAUUGCAACAUAUUUUUACGGAAGCCCUUGACCGGUCAAGAUGACGUGAUUAGUGCACAAGGUAAAUCCGAGGUGAACGAGACAAGUGGGCUCGUAUUCCAAAAUUGCACCAUUACCGCGGAUCCCCGAUUACCCGAGACUGAGGGAAGUGCGUACCUUGGGCGGCCUUGGAAGCCAUAUUCCACAACCAUAAUCAUGGAAAGCUACCUAGGAAAGGUGGUGAACCCUAAUGGUUGGUUGGCAUGGCAAGAGGACAACCAAACCCUAAACAAUGUCUACUAUGCCGAGUACCGGAAUAGAGGCCCGGGAAGUCAAACAAGUGCAAGAAUCAAAUGCAAAGGGUUGCAAAUCUUCUAUCAACCAAAGUGA